GGUAGUGACGCAGUGUUUCCUGCCAGCUGAGUCGUGUAGUGUCAUUAACAUUAGCAUCUAGCACCGGCGGUUCGGAAGGAACUUUUGACGUUAUCAACUCUACCUGUUCGGCUUUAACUGACGAGCCAGAAACGGAACCGGCAGCGAACUUCCAACACGCUGAGUCCAGAACCAGGUGUGAUGCAGCAGACAUGUCCCUUCAGGCCACGCUGCAGGACCGGAUCAGCUCGGCCCAGGCGCUGCUGCAGCGGGCGGAGCAUCUCUGUCCGGGGGUUGAAGGUCACCAGAAGCUGUGUGGCAAGCUGCGGGCCGAGCUGCGCUUCCUGCGGCGGGUGGAGGCCGGAGAGCUGCAGGUGAAGCAGUCUCACCUGCAUAGCACCAACCUCACCCACCUUACUGCCAUCGUGGACUCAGCGCAGGACUUGGAGGACGUUGUGGCAUUGUUGCACGUCUUCAGCUACCGGGACGCCGCUGGCCGCCGCCGCACACUUGUGGUAGACGUGGUGGCCGACAUGGGACUCACCUGGGUGAAGGCGGUGGGCCGCAAGGCGGAGGCGCUGCACAACAUCUGGCAGGGACGGGGCCAGUAUGGAGACAAGAGCGUGGUGCGGCAGGCGGAGGACUUCCUGUUGGCCAGCCGCCAGAUGCCCGUCAACUACCGCCACCCCCGCAUCGUCUUCGCCUUCUACAACGGCGUGUCCAGCCCCAUGGCCGACCGGCUGCGGCACCUGGGCGUGGCGGUGAGGGGUGACAUUGUGGCCGUGAGAGUGGAGGAAGAGGAGGAGAAGGAUGAGGGAGAAGAGGAGGAGAGGGAUGAGGAGGAAGCGGAGGAAGAGGAAGAGGAGGACAACCCAGAUGACCCAGAGGGAGAGCUGGCGUCUUCCCUGACCCAGGUGCAGCGUGGGACGGUGCUGGCUCGCCUGGCAUUCCCGCUGCCGCCGCUGCCAGAGGAGUGUGGGCGGGUUAACCUGGACAUCACCACGCUCAUCGCCUACGUGUCGGCGCUCAGCCACGGUCGCUGCCACUUCAGCUUCCGGGAGCUGGUUCUGACGGAGCAGGCUGCCCAGGAGCGCCGGUGGCCGGUUCUGCCCAGCCUCGAUGCCUUCAUGGCAGGCAAGCAGCUGUUCGCCUGCCACGCAGCCGUGACCGACUUCCGCACCAUCCUGGACACGCUGGGCGGGCCGGGCGAGAAGGAGCGCGCUCAGACUCUGCUGGCCCGCCUGCACCUGGUGGACGACCAGCCGUCGGAGCGCAGCCGCCGCCUCACGCUCAGCGCCAAGGUCAACCGCCGUUCCCUUGCCAUCUUUGGCACCGGAGAUUUCCUGAGAGCUGUCACCAUGACAGCCAACAGCCGCUUCGUCAGGGCGGCCGCCAAUCAGGGUGUCCGCUACAGCGUGUUCAUCCACCAACCCAGAGCGCUAACUGAAGGCAAGGAGUGGAGGGCCACGCCCAUCUAAGGAGGCCACGCCCACUUUCACCAGGGCUGAUGGGGAAUGUAGUUUCUAAACUGUUUGGGAUGUGAUUGGUCAGCUGGGAUCUGCAUGUUUCUGUUCAAAUUAGAACAAUAAAGAUUUAGUUCACUUGUCACAGGAAGUCACCUGGAUUCAGUCCUUUCAGAAUAAAAGUCCCUUUUAGAAUCAUG